GUAGUGUGGUGGUCACUACUCAUUACAUUCUCCGAUUUUGGAUCUCCACGCCGAUAAAGCCAAAAACCCGCCACGAGAAAGCUUCCACAACCAAAGCAAAGCAAAGGCAAAGCAAAGCAACCCUCUUUCUUUCAUUCCGAGGUUUCUAAAGCACCAUUUUGUCCACAAUCAGCACUAAUAAACCCUAAAAGAAAGACCUCUCUUUGAUUCUUUUGACAUCCCUUUUCAUAGUCUUCUUAACAUUCCCCGAUUUCGAAAGUGAAUCACUUUCGAUUUUGAUUCCUUUUAUAAUAAAUCUUCCAUGCAAUGAUUCCUUAUUUCGAAUUAAUGCUUUUGGCCGAUUCUACAAUAAAAGCAGAGAGCGGAGGUUUAGAUCUUUCCCUCAAUGAACAACAACAAUGGGUGCUCUCAGCAGAAGAAGAAACGUUGGUCUGAUCGAUUCAAAGGGUUGCUCCAAACUGUUUCCUGUCUUAAACUCUCCUCCUCCUCCUCCUCUUUCUCUUCCUAUGUCUCAGCCCAAUGGACCCUUCUCUUCUCUCGUCAUUUGCGUCACUGGUUUAUCCAAAGAAGCAAGGACACAAGUCAAGGAAGCGACAGUGAGACUCGGAGGCGCGUACAGUCCUCACCUUCACCUCCGAUGUACCCAUUUGGUUGUCCACAGCUCGUGUGGACGUAAGUUUGAGCACACUUUGAAACAUGGUGCAAGAAAUGAUCUCUUUGUUGUUACUCUUGGCUGGUUUGUAGAUAGCGUCAAGAGAAACCUGAGGAUGAGCGAAUCGCUUUACAUUGUCAAACAACUUGGACAAAAUAGUGAAAAGGUGGAUGAUCUGACAUGUGUUUUUGAUCUCCAACCUGUUUGUCGUCCUCGUACUAUUAUGAAGUCCCACCACCAAGUAUCUUCUUCUGGAACAGAGAGUGGCACUAGUGGAGACAUGACUCUUUCCGACCAUUCCAUCUUUGUGGAUUCAGACAUUUCUGAUGAGCUCCGACUCAAGGUGUUGAAGGUUGCUGGAGAUCAAGGAGCAAAGGUUGUAGAUACAUGGUUUGUUGGUUGCAAUGCAAGUCUUGUAGUGUGUGAAGGUGCUUCUAUCCAGAAAUAUCUUGGCCAUGUCAACACCAUUGUCUCUCCACUAUGGGUUUUGAAAACAGUGGAGAGGCAACGACAAAGAGUUGUUCACAUGUCACCUGAUUUAGCCAGACAGUUAGGAUCAAUGCUUGAAAAUCUUGAAGAUGGUGCUGAAAAGGAUGUUCUUAAUAUUACCGAUGAAGGUAAUUCUCAAGACGUUGUUCCUAAAAUCAGGAGUAAAUCGAAACAAGCAAGGAAAGAGACUGUAAAUUUAGCUAAAACUGGUGUUAGGAGACGACGUGCUCGCCAUAUGCAGACUUGUCAAAACCCAAUAAGACGCAUAACACAGAACAACCUGCUGGAGAAUAUUUGCUGGACAGUAUCUGAAGCAGCUGCAACUGCCACUAUUUUCACUGAUUCUUGCACUAGCAGCAGCGGUUACAUCACUGAACCACCCCAGCCUUCUUCUGUUGCAGAGGAAGGGAAAGAUCCAGUAGCUUCUUUUGCAAACUCGACCAGGGCACUCACCGAGAGCGAGAAGACAGAAGUCAUUUUUAAAGACAGCUUCCUUACAAUUCUAUAUCCAGCUGAUCGGUUCUCUGAGAUGGGGCCUUCUUCUCGGACUUAUUUCAGUGAUAACGGUUUCACUUGCCUUCAAAUCUUAGACUAUAUCCACACAUUUUAUCAGGAGAACUUGCCGGAUAAUGAGAUAGAGCUCGCAAUUCACACUGAUUCAAGGCAUGCCGACCGUCUCAGAACAGCUUAUUGCAGCAGAGAGGCAUCAGAUGAUGGAUACAUGGCUUUCACAAGAAUAGAGUUACUAGGAAGCAGGAAAAGUUUCGAAAUGCUUAAGCGUGUGAAUGGAGAGAACAACAGUAACGUCUAUGAGCUCAUGAUUAGAGCUUGAAUCUAGAAAAAGUCUUUUGGAGUAUUUGAAGCAUUAACAGAUUUACAAAAAUAUGAUAAGAAAUGGGUAUUAACAUCUA